AUGAGUAAUAAUAAUAAUAAUAAUAAUGAAGAACAAGACAACAACAAUGAUCAAGAUCAAGAUCAACCAAUGAUAGAACAAGACGAUGGUGAUGAAGAACAAGACUUUGAAAAGCUUGCAGAUUAUCAACUAGAACAAGACGACGAUGAUGAUGAUGAUGGUUAUGAUGAUCAAGGUGAUCAAGAUGACCAAGAUAACAAUCAACAACAGCAACAACAACAACAAGACAAUGGGAAUCAAGAAGAUGACGACGACGACGAUGAUGAUGAUGACGAUGAUAAUGACAAUGAUGGUGAAAAGGAAGGAAAAGAACCUCAUAUGAGACCAUCAUUAUUAUUGGCAAGAAGAAAGAAAACAAUUCAUGGUACGCAUAGUAGAAACUUGAUUGAAAAGAUCCUAAGAAUCAAGAUUCAAAGUCAUCCUUAUUGGAAGGAAAAGUGUAUGGGUUUAAAUGAGGAAACAUUGGUUGAUAGAGCAAUGGCAUUAACAUCAUUUGGUGGUACUUGGGGAGGUAUGAAACAACCUACACAUUUCAUUUGUUUGAUGUUAAAGAUGCUACAAAUUCAACCAGACAAGGAUAUCAUUAUCGAGUUUAUCACCAAUCAAGAUUUCAAGUAUGUUAGAAUUCUUGGUGCAUUCUAUCUUCGAUUGGUUGGUAAACCAGUUGAUAUUUACAAUUAUUUGGAGCCAUUAUACAAUGACUAUAGAUCGGUCAGGAUGAAGAAUGAUCUUGGUCAAUUCAACAAGAUACAUGUAGAUGAGUUUGUACAGGAACUGUUGACUGGCAACUAUGCUUGUGAAAUUGUACUUCCCAAUCUACCGUCUCGAAGAACAUUGGAACAACAAGGACUAUUGGAAAAACGUGUCAGUGUACUAGAAGAGUUAAAACUCAUCAAUAUGGAUAACCUCAAACAAGAUGUUUUGGAAUGA